CACUACAGCUAAAUGACAAAAUUCCGUAACACCUCUGUAAGAAUUUGACGUACGUGCAGAAGUUCUUGAAGAGCGAAAGAGAGAAAAACUAUCGCGGCUACUCCGUGAAGUUCAGAAAUCCCUGGCCAAACCUUAAUUCUUAGAUCACCUCGCCUUCGGUGGAGAUUUUGUUUGGUUUUGUGCGUUUGACACUGAGAUUGUAAGUUCGAAAGAUUAAUUAGCGCCGAAGGGAAAGAACGAUUGAAUCACUUACUCCGUAGAAGACUUUCUUCUCGCUGUACAGCAAAGUGCAUCAACAUGGGAAACUCAUGCAGCGGUUUACCUCCUGACUGUGAAAUAAUCGUGAAGACCGGUGAUGUGAAAGGAGCAGGAACAGACGCUAAUGUUUUCAGCGCUCUGUACAACGAAGAUGGCACUCGUUCGCGUGACUUGAACCUCGACUGUAAAUGGAAGAACGAUUUUGAGAAGGGUUCCGUGGACCGAUUUAAAGUUCACUGCGGCUUGCCACCUGGUCGUUUGCAUAAAAUUGAAAUCUGGAGGGACGACAGUGGUAUCGGUGACGACUGGUAUGUGGAAUGGAUUAAAGUGAAGAAUCUUCAUCCUGGGUCCGACGAGGUGAUCUUUCCCUGUAACCGAUGGGUGAAAGCAGAACGAAAGUUAGUUUUGACAGAAUAUGACUGUGUACUGCCACAGUUUGACGAAUGCAAAGAACAACGGAAGAAAGAAUUAGAGGAUAAGAGAGACGUUUAUCGAUUAUCGCGUAAAGCUCCAGGCAUUCCUAAACAGAUCGAAAGUUGUCCCCGUGACGAGAGUUUUAGCAAUGACUACAAGUGGAAUAUUCAACAGACCAAGUACAAGUUGGCUGUGAAGUGUAAGCUGGCCAAAUUAACUUCUGAUCCCUGGGAAACAUUAGAUGACAUGAGCAAUCUAUACAAGGGAAGCCUCAACUUACCUUAUGGCUAUUUUAACUGGAAAGAAGACUCAAACUUUGGCCGUCAGAGGCUUCAAGGAUGCAACCCAACCCUUAUCAGACUUUGCAUGGAAAUCCCUGAAAAUUUCAAGGUCACAGCUGAGAUGGUGGAACCAUUCUUGGAAGGGAUUACAUUGGAAGAGGCAAUGAAGAAUAAAAAGAUCUACAUUGUGAAUCUGAAAAAACUCACAGAGAUCAUGUGUAGAUUUAACAGAGUGAUCUGCAAACCAAUGGCUUUAUUCUUUGUCAAUGGCAGAAACGAGCUAAUGCCCAUUGCAAUCCAGUUGUUCCAGAAGCCAGCUGAAGACAAUCCAGUUUUCUUGCCAAGUGAUCCCAAGUACACCUGGAUGCUUGCCAAGAUGUACUACAACAAUUCUGAUGCAGCUUUUCAUCAGUCCUGCACUCAUCUUGGACUCACCCAUUUGGUAGCUGAAACAAUUUGUGUGGGAACUCAUCGUCAGUUGUCACCAUCACAUCCUGUUUUCAGGCUGCUUGCUCCUCAUUUUCUGUAUCUCCUGGCCAUCAAUUCCCUUGCUCUGGCCAAACUUGUUGCACCAAAUGGAUGGAUUGACAACACCAUGACAACUGGAUCAGGUGGAUUGAUGGAACUUGUCAGUCAGUGUUGGCAAAACUGGAGAAUGGAUAUUGAUGGAUGGCUUCCUUCUGAUCUUGAAGCUCGAGGGGUGGAUGACAAGGAAGCUUUUCCCAACUACCCCUACAGAGAUGAUGCAUUGCUCAUUCAUGAAGCCAUUUAUACCUACGUACGAGAAGUCUUGGAAGCUUUUUAUGACUCACCAGAAAAACUGACAGACGAUUAUGAAAUCCAGAACUGGGGACACAUGUUGGCUGACCCAGAAGAUGGCUUGGGAAUCAAGGGUGUUUUUGGAGGUGGAAAAUUUACAGAUUUGGAAGACUUGAUCAAGGCAGUGACCACAAUUAUCUUCAUCAGUAGCGUGGGGCAUUCUGCGGCCAAUUUCGCUCAGUAUGAUGAAUAUGCUUUUCCACCAAACUAUCCUGCAUUCUUACGUGGGAAACCUCCAACAAGCAAGGAACCUCUGACAGAAAAGGAUAUCAUUGACUCCCUUCCAGUGAAAGACAUGACGCUGGACAUUAUUAUUGUGACAAAAAUACUCAGUGAUCGCGGCACGAACGCUCUUGGUGACUUUGAAGUGCAAUACAUGUACGACCCAAGAGGAACCAAGCCUGUGGAAAAGUUGAGGAAGCGUUUGUUGGAAGUGAGUGACAUUAUCGCGGAGAGAAAUAAGAGCCGACCAUUCCCUUAUCCAUACCUGGAUCCUAAGGAGGUUCCUAAUGCCAUCAGUAUUUAGAAACUUGGUAUCCGCAGAAUCCCCUGAAAACUACAAACCACUACAGUGAGAAAAUAAUUCAUUACCUGCCGCCUUUCAAUCCGAGAUGCCAGACUACUGAAGGAUGGAUAAACAGCAAGCAAAAACUGAGAUUACUUUGCAAAGGGUAGUCCUCGCGUUUACUUUCCGUAUUUGUUAGUGCUUAUUGUCUAAAAUAAGGAGCGUGUACUUUCAAACUAUUGUGAAGGUUUCGUUUCAUACUCAAAACUCGUAAAUGGUCAAUCUUUCUGUGAAGCUCUUACACUGAAUUUGUAAUGUUCGCUAAACCAUGAGUUUACCCAGUCGUGUGUUCAACAUCAAUCUCAUCGAGGUUGCACCACUUGAACAAGUUCUCAAAUCAAGAAGAUUUAAUCGGUGCCAGUGGUACACCACUCGAGACUUCAGACUUAAAGUAUUUUUGAUGGUAUAUGAAAUAACAAAUAUUCCACCCUUAAUAUAUUUGACUGAUUAGCACAACCCAAUUUUUGUAUUCUUAAGUGCUUUAGUGGUUUAAGAUUCCAUGUCAAGUGCUGAUUUGUAAAUUACGUAAACAGAGAUAGCGUGUACUCUUAUCUGGUAAUUAAGUUUUGUUUAAAAAUAUUUAUAUUUUGCACUUAGGGAGAGAGAGAGUCUCUUUGUAAAGUGAAAAUUUAGAUUUAGCUGAAGACGUACGCUUGUUAUCUCACUUAUUAUUUCACUCAGUGAAGCGUUUGUAACCGAGUAUUUCAUGUCUAACGACUAUUGUGAAACAAGUGGUUACCUCAAACGCUUUGCAAGUGAAGAGACAUACAUUUAAACACGAAAAUUAUCACACAAGGCGAUGUUAGAUAAAUACUGGAAGAAAAAACAAAGUAGUUUUGUAAUUGA